CAACCCAGAGUAUCAUCUAUAUUGGCCCUAUAUCCAAAAUCUGAAGAUUCUCAUACCUCACCAGAUCACCUCCACUUCCACUCCACUUACUAGUGGUCGUUAAGACUUGCAAAUACAGUUGAUUAAUCUCCCGCCAUCUUUCCCCAUUUUCUCUCUCCUCCCACAAACCCCCACUCUAAUGGCUGCUGCUACUGCUUGGUCUCUCCUUUCACCUCCACUCAACCUUCAAUUCCCUUCUACUAGAAGCAUCCACCAUUGGAGCUCAUCGAGAAGAACAGCUAACGCAAAAAUCUUCGCCAAAAGUAGCGACGACGACGAUAAUACGCCGUCGUUUAAUCCGUUUGGCUUCGUCACCGAUAAUCCGUCCAGCAAAAGCGCCAUUCAACUCCCUGAUAGUCCCGCCGAGGACGGAAAUGUCGGCCAAAUGCUUUAUAGAACAGAAGACAAGGGAAAGGAAUAUGGGCGGUAUAUUAAAUCUGGUGAUUUAAUAUGGUUUGUUAGAGAAACAGGUUCACCUGAUAGUAGACGUGGAACCAUUGUCUUCCUUCAUGGGGCUCCAACACAAUCCUAUAGCUAUCGAGUUGUUAUGUCACAGAUGUCUGAUUCUGGAUUUCACUGCUUGGCACCCGACUGGAUAGGCUUUGGUUUCAGUGAUAAGCCAUAUCCAAAAUACGGCUUUGACUAUACAGAAAAGGAGUUCCAUGACGAGUUAGAUAAAUUACUUGAAGUGCUGGGAGUGAAAUCUCCUUUUCUUCUGGUAGUACAGGGCUUUUUAGUAGGUUCCUAUGGAUUGACCUGGGCAUUGAAAAAUCCCAGCAGGAUAUCUAAACUCGUGAUACUGAACAGUCCACUUACACCUUCAUCUUCAGUCCCUGGAUUGUUUCAACAACUAAGAUUUCCUCUUCUCGGUGAAUUCACUAGCCAGAACGCUAUUAUUGCUGAACGAUUUAUCGAAGCAGGUAGCCCUUAUGUUCUGAAGCUGGACAAGGCUGAUGUAUACCGGCUACCGUAUCUGUCAAGCAGUGGUCCAGGAUUUGCCUUGCUUGAAGCUGCAAGAAGAAUGAACUUCAGAGAGGUAGCAACUCAAAUAGCUACAGGAUUUGCAUCUGGAAGCUGGGAUAAACCGAUACUGUUAGCAUGGGGUAUAUCGGACAAAUAUCUACCUCAAUCAAUAGCUGAAGAAUUUAAACAGGGUAACCCUUCAGUUGUGAAGCUUAAAUUAAUAGAAGGAGCUGGUCAUAUGCCACAAGAGGACUGGCCUGAAAAAGUUGUUGAAGCUUUGAGAGUAUUCUUAUGAAGAUCGACACAUACCCUGAUUGAAGAAUACUACGUAGUAGCCAAGGCACCAAAAGCAUGUGUAAAGGUAAGAAAAGUGCCAACAUGGCAUACAGAAUACAUGCUCCAACAUGAAUACGCAAUUCUUUGGACUGGGUUGUUUUCCCUGUCAUUCAGAUUAAAUAAAACAAUACUAUCACCCAAUUCUAUGGAAGAAUAUAUGGACUCAGAUGUAUAAAUCAUUAUCCAACAAUGCUUAAUGCACCUUCUGUAUAAUUGUAGUAAAGUGAACAAGUGUUAAGCUGUUUACUACGGAGUAUAUAUAGAGCUGAAAAGUUGUAUAUGAUACGAUUUGAACAUUUCAGAUUGCAAAAGCUUGUACUUGUUUUGUGUAAA